AUGUCGGAAUUACCAGCGCUUUCUCUUCGAAAGCAUCGUCAGACGAUGAUUAGCGAUGCCAAGAGACCGGAUCUCAGCCAGUUCGCCGGCAUCCCGGGCCAGCAGCCGGCUUCACAGGAUUCGACGCUACAGCUUCCGACGGUAGGAAUCAAAGAUCGUGAAAAGGUUGGAAAACUCGUCAAGAAACGGCUGUCAUCUCGACCGACCCCUCAAAUGUAUGGCAAGGAUGCUGGAUCAGCGCCUGCUAUGCCCGUGAAUGCCCACGAUCUGAUACUGGAAGUGUCUAAUAAUGACUACCCACUUCCUCCAAAACAGCGAUAUAAUAACAAUCAUGCCGGUGGUAUUGAUAAAGCAUCUGUUAAUAGAGAUGAUUUUGAUGGCGAUGAAAGGACUGGAGCAAGGACAGGACCUGGAUCUGGGACGACUGGAAAUUUCUACCCGGUCCCAUUGGGUCCUGGAUCUGGAAUCCCACCAGGAGACAAAACAGAGGGUACAAAAGGAUUGGGUCCUGGUCAUGGUCCUGUUAAAACUGCUCCGGAUUUACCUUCUAAAGAUUAUCCUGAUAGAGAAUACCCCUCACAGCCAGGCCAUGGUGUUCCGUAUGGUCAAAACGAUAGACGACACUUAGCUAGCACUGCCAUACCAAUUCAAAAUGAUCGAAAACCGUUUCUCGCCCCAGAUUUCGAUGCUAAGACGUUUAUUUCAGACAAUCUGAGCAAUGCUACUGAUGUGGAGAUCUCCGAGUUCGCCAAAAAACUCUCAAGUUUAAAAGAGGAUCUUGUCCAAGAGAAGAAAGACGAGAUGUAUUCUAAUUACCAGAAGUUUUUACUGGUGGGAAGAACAAUCUCAGGUCUAAAUACAGAUUUGGAAACUCUCCGGAAAAUUCUCAACGAUUUAAAUCUCGCUACUAGUGCGUUAAAAGACGAUGCUGCUCGACAUUUGUCGUUAAACAAUAACAACAGCUCCUCAACUCAACUCAAUAGAAACAUGUCAUUAUCGGCAAAUGAAAGCAAAAUGUCGGGCCUUUCUGAUAGCUCGGGUACGAGUUCAGGUCCAGGAGCUGGCUCUUCACUAUCUCCUAGUUCAGCUGGUUACGACCGCAGAGCCAGUGUUCUUGCAAUGGAAGAAUUCUGGCAAAGAAAUCUCACUUCUCUAUUCCGUCAUGUCGAAGGUGCUCAAAAAUACCUGCCGAUUAUACCAGGAAGACAUGUGAUUAAAGAACAGGGUGGUUGGUAUGAGUUAAAUGCUGCUACUUGGAAACCACUCCAGCCAGCUCACAUGUUUCUUCUCAAUGACAAUCUCCUUAUCGCAACUAAAAAACGGUCCAGGGAACACAACAGUGCAUCAGUCCAGCCAACUCGUGCGCUAAUAGCCAAUCAAUGUUGGUCAUUACUCGAUAUCGACGUUACUGAAGUCAAGUCUUAUCCACAAAUCGGCCAACGAGUUCUUCAACGAGCCAUCUCCAUCAAGUUCGAGUCUAUGACAUAUGUGUACCGAGCUGAAAAGAGUGAGAACCACGAUGUGUUUCUACAGGAAUUCCGCAGAGUACGAGACGAACUGUAUCAACUGAAAAACUCUCGUCGAACCAACGGACUACAUUCUCAUACCAGAUCAGCAUCAGGAUCCAGUUUCAAUAAUAUCCCACCACCAUCGCCAUCAACUGGUGGAGGUGCUGGUGUGGGUCCUAUUCGUCGACACAAUGGUGUAGCACGAUCCGACUCACUUAGUCUACUACCGUCAAGUGCAUCGUCAUCAUCUAAAUCAGCACUUGUUCGAGAAGUCGACCAAACGCUUUCCGAGCUUGAUCUCAAAAUAGCCCAUCGACAGUUUUCUGCUGUAGUGGACAUGAUCCUAAAAUCCAAACCUCGUUUCCAACAAGUAUCAGACACGUUAUCUGCAGAAACCUCGGUGCCAAUUCCUCGUCCAUCGACUCCUAAAAGCAGCAGUAACCUUACAGUUGGCAGUGGUGCUGGCGCAGGCGCUGGUACAGCCACUGGCCCGGCUGGAUCCAGCUACACCCAGUUCACUGGCGAUAUCCUUCCUAUCGACAAACUCGAAGCUCGCAUAACCACCACAGCAGACCUGCUAUUACAACGGUUAUCAGAAGAAUACCUGUCACGCAAAGAACUCGGGGAAUUCGUGAAAAUGCUGACUCAACUCGAUGCUGCUGACUCGGCGAAAACAACAUUAAUGAACAUGCGACACUUUGUCAUCCAACGACGAAUAAAACAAGUUCCUUUUCAAGGCGACAUUCCCGGGUACAUUCGCCAAGUUGCAUUCAUCACGUUCCAGCUCAUCGUGUCCACCGUCGAAAUCUACCGAGCCUGUUUUCCCGACCCGCAAGACUCGUCGACAAUCGCCGUAUGGGCUAAAGCCGAGGUCGACUCAUACUCCAUGCUCUUCGCACGCCAGCUUCACAAUGUCAACCCGUCCACAGCAACAUACCAACAAUGCUGCGACAUCACCCGCGACGAAAGUGCCUGUCUCAAAACCGUCAACCUCGACUUCUCCUUCAUGCUCGACUACAUGUUCGACGCCACGGCCGCCAAACGCAAGCAUUAA